AUGACAAAUGGACAUAGUAGUAGGAUUGAGGGCAUUGACAUCAGUGGUGGUAAUGCUGGUGGUGGUUACAGUGGAGGUGUGGUGGUGGUGCUAAUAAGGAGUGGUAGCAUCGGCAGUGGCAGUUGUGGUUGCGAUGGCAGUGGCAACAAUGAUGGUGGCAUUGGUAGUUGUGGUUGUGGUGAUGGUGGUGGUGGUGGUUGUGGUAAUGGUGGUGGGGAUGGCAUCGAUAGUGGUAACAAUGGUGGUAGUGGUGGUGGUGGUGGCAGUAACGAUGAUGGUGACACUAGUGGUAGUGAUGACAGUGGUGGAGGUUGUGGUUAUGGCGGUGGUGGUAGCAAAUAUGGUGGUUGUGUUGGCGGUGAUGGUGUAAGGAAUGACGGUUGGUGGAGAUUGGGAGACGAUGGAGGAAUGAGGUUGGAGGAGGAGGAGGUGGAUGGCAAGUUCGAGGUGAGAGGCUGGGGUUUGAGUUUGAAGUUGGGAUCAGAUGAGUGA